AGUAUUGGUGCUAUAUUGAAAACGCUCGAAACUUAGAAAUAAAGAUUCUAAAUCCUUAUGAUUCUCGAGAAUGUUAUCAUAAUGAAUCUGUACUUCCUUCGGUGGAUCUUCCUGCGGAUGUUAUUUUUCAAAAAACAGAG